AUGAAAUGCGAUGAACAAGUCGUCGAUUUUGUACAGAGUUUAACAAACGAAGUCAACGAAAAUGAAGGCAGUGGUUUAAAGGCUGUAUUGGAGGCCAUUAACGAAUGUGAAAGACAAAAGAGUGAUUUUCAAUCACGGUCAGCAAAGUCUUUUAAAACUUGUUUGAAUCUGACCGAUUUGAAUUUGUAUUACAAUGGUAUGAGUGAAGCCGGCGCUACAUCUAUUGCUGAGGCCAUCAAAGGCAACAAGAUACUAACCAAUUUGGAUUUGUCUGACAGUGGUAUGAGCGAAGCCGGCGCUACAUCUAUUGCUGAGGCAAUCAAAGUCAACAAGACGCUAACCAAUUUAAAUUUGAGUAGCAGGGGUAUCAACAAGACGCUAACCAGUUUGGAUCUGUCUGACAAUGGUAUGAGUGAAGCCAGCGCUACAUCUAUUGCUGAGGAAAUCAAAGUCAACUAG